UGAAUUUCUUUUUCUGGAUAUGCUGUUACUUUCUCCCAUGCAUAAUUAUUUUGUCGAAAUGAAUUUCUGUGCAUAAAAAAAAGAAGAAAUUUGGCAAUAAAGAAACCAAAUUUGGCAAAAAUUCAGCGGAGCGUUAAACUUUUGUUAGGCGGAGAGAAACGUGCCAGGGAGGCAGAGGCAACAUCACGCGCCUACCUUCCGCCACGAAACCGGAGCGACCCCGAAAUAUGAGCGGGAGUGAAGGCGGCUCAGACCAUUCCGCCACCGGGAGCGGAGGAGAGUCUUCGACGGCGGAGAAGAAGAAGGAGAAGUCCAGAGUGAACCGUACUUCCCUAAUUCUAUGGCACGCCCACCAGAACGACGUCGCCGCCGUGAAGAAGCUCCUGGAGGAGGACAAGACGCUGGUGCAAGCUAGGGAUUACGAUAACCGGACUCCGCUGCACGUCGCCGCUCUCCACGGCUGGAUCGACGUCGCCAAGUGCUUGAUUGAGUACGGAGCCGACGUCAACGCUCAAGAUCGAUGGAAAAAUACGCCUCUAGCUGAUGCUGAAGGAGCAAAGAAAAGCAACAUGAUUGAGUUGUUAACAUCUUAUGGUGGUUUGUCAUUUGGGCAAAAUGGAAGUCACUUUGAACCAAGGGCUGUUCCCCCACCUCUGCCAAAUAAGUGUGACUGGGAAGUUGACCCAACUGAAUUGGACUUUUCAAACUCGGCUAUUAUCGGAAAGGGCUCCUUUGGUGAGAUACUUAAAGCAUCUUGGCGUGGAACACCUGUUGCUAUCAAGCGUAUCCUUCCAAAUCUUUCUGAUGACCGCUUGGUAAUUCAGGAUUUCCGGCAUGAGGUAAAUUUGUUGGUGAAGCUUCGCCACCCAAAUAUAGUGCAAUUUCUUGGAGCUGUUACUGAAAAAAAGCCCUUGAUGUUAAUUACUGAAUAUUUAAGGGGGGGUGAUCUUCAUCAGUACCUGAAGGGGAAGGGUGCACUCAGUCCAUUGACAGCCAUCAAUUUGGCAAUGGACAUUGCCAAAGGUAUGGCUUAUCUUCACAAUGAGCCAAACGUUAUAGUUCACAGAGAUCUAAAACCAAGGAAUGUGCUUCUCGUGAACUCAAGUGCAGACCAUCUAAAAGUUGGAGACUUCGGGUUAAGCAAGCUCAUCAAGGUUCAAAAUUCCCAUGAUGUCUAUAAAAUGACAGGAGAAACUGGAAGCUAUCGGUACAUGGCUCCUGAAGUUUUCAAGCACCGUAGAUAUGACAAGAAGGUUGAUGUCUACUCAUUUGCAAUGAUACUAUACGAGAUGUUAGAAGGGGAUCCACCAUUGUCAGGCUAUGCACCAUAUGAUGCUGCUAAACAUGCAGCCGAAGGACACCGACCCAUAUUUAGGGGAAAGGGAUUCACGUCCGAAUUGAAAGAGUUGGUGGAGAAGUGCUGGGCAGCAGACAUGAACCAGAGACCAUCUUUCCUCGAAAUUCUGAAACGACUUGAAAAGGCAAAGGAAAGUGUGCCAUCCGAUCAUCACUGGAACAUCUUUUCUUCAUGACAGCUUUUGCCAAAAGACUUCAGUAUGAAUUUCAAUCUUCCAUUCCCAACUCCCAAGUCUUAUUUCCUUCUUUUUUUGUGUAUUAGAAAUUAGAUGUACAAUAAUAACAAAAAAUGUCA